AAUAUUUACAUAAUAUUUACAUUAAUUUUAAAAAUUAAAAAUAAACUUAUAUAUACAACUUAAAACUAAUACAUAGCAUCAAAAAAUUGCUCCUCAUCGCUGUCACCGGGUAAUGUACCCAGAAGGCUGGCAGCAUUGCCACGUUGGAUGGCAAUGCUCAACCUCUGUGCGAAAUAAAAGCCAGCCCUUGGGUCACGAGAAGUGUCAACAAGGCGCUUAGAAAUUUCCUUCGCAAGCGCGUGAGCACUCGGACCCCACGGCCCGAGAGUUUCAACCCCAAACGGCUCAAACAUGUAAUUCCCGAUAAGGCUACUAUAUUUGCGCCGUUUGAGGUCCUCUGCUUGUGAAGCGGCGGAGCCGACACAACACGCAGUUCUAGGAAGAUGGGAUGGCGCAAGAGUGUCGACGCAGGUCGCGUCCCACACUAAAGUCCUACCCAUCUUCCACGGAAAUAGCGACAUGCCGUCUGGUCUCUUGCCAUCGUCGCGUGCCAAACCAUUUGGUUCAAGUACGGCUGGCACGCCGACGGCAACAAGAGCCCGACGGAUCACGUCGUUGAUAUUCGCAUGUCGUGGUAUGCGGCCCGCACUCCGACUGCACGACAGGCCGUGGUGACCGAGGCUGUUGACAGCUUCCCCGCAGUGGCAGCGGUGAGGAGUGCAGCACGAAGCACCCAGACGCAGGCAGACAGCGAGUCUGAAAGUGGUGUCGUCAAACAUGGUGCCUAUGUUUGCCGACGGAAAUGCGUGAAGCCAAAGACCUGACUCCCAUUCACCCACAGCCAGUAGGCGUGCUCGCUCCGCAGAAGUAAUUGACGUAUCAAUGAGAUUUUUCCGUAUUACUCUGCAGAGCGGCUCAUCCCACUGUCUCUGGGAGGAUGGGUUGGCGGGUAGAUCGGUAUUCGGGCAUGUGACUUUCCAGGCAUUAAUAGCCUCCGCCAGGCAUGGCACCUCAAAAUUGAUCAGUGUAAUAGGUAGGAUUUUCCUGAUCAAUUUGUCAGUGCCAUGGACGGAGGAUAUAAAUGCCGGUAAACUAAUACUGGAAAUUUUGCGGACGCCAAGCCCUCCCAUACGGAUGGGAAGUGUAGCUUGAGACCAAGCUUUGUCAUCCAAGGCCACAUUUAAAAUUGAUGAAAGUGUGUGUCGAAUUAUUUUAUCAAUUUGAUCCAAAAGGUUGAUGUGCUUCCAUAAAUGAGAAGCACGCAAGAUGUAGGUUAAUUUGGGGCCAAAGCAGCAGUAUCGUAGGAUGGUGAUGGCUGAAUGUAUAUUAAUUUUGAAUAACCUUUCCGAAAUAUCAUUGAAAUUUUGAAUUUUGUUCUCAAUAAAAUCCGAAAAUGACUCUUCUAGUACUGGUGACCCCAGGAGGCAAAGAGAACUUUUGUCUAUUAUUUUUAUGCCAUCGGCUACUGCGUUAAAAUUUUGGAGUGUCGUCUGUCUGUCGGUUGUGUCAGAUAUAAAUAGUUCGCAUUUGGAAAUGUUUAGGUCAAGGCCAAUGUUAUGGAGUUUGUCUCUUAGAAAAAUGAAAUCAUUAAGUACGGUAUCUCUGUUGCCUCCCAGGGUCCCAUCGUCGAGAUACCAGACGUUAAAUUCAGAAUUUAGUUGCCGAAUUAUUGGGUUAAUUGCCAAACUAAAGAUCACAGGCCCGAGGGGAUCACCUUGUUGACAGCCAACAGCGGAUUCUAAUAGGUUGUCCCGAUAAAGUAAUUUGGUUGGAUGUCUAUAGCACUGCCACUAACUGUUAUAUAUUAUAAGAACAUUUGUGAUAAUUUUGUAGCUCAUUAGCUCAACAAUUUUACAUGCUGUUUGCUUUCUUUCACCUUUGCCUGUAACCCAUUUCCAAACGAAAUCGGAUUGACAAAAAAACUUUAGAAAAUGGCGGAUCUUCGAAGUCGUAGCGUCCUAUAGCUUUUUUCCAAAUAAAUGUAAGAUUUUUAUGUGUAAAUGAUAGAAAAGUGACGAUAAACAAUAUGGAGACUUCAGUGAAUAAUGGCAUGUGUCGGUGUUGUGCGUCGGAGGGUGCGUUCAAAGACGUUAAAACCACAUAUCAUUGGAUGGGCGAAGAAGAGAUAUAUUCCGACAUGUUGAGAGAUUGUUUCGACAUAAACUUAGAAGUAUCCGAACAAGGCCAAGAUGGAGGCAUAUGCGAGGUCUGCAUCACGCAGCUACGGAACGCCAUCAACUUCAAGAAGCAGGUGCUGCACACUGAAGAGCAGUUCAAGAUACAUCUGCAGAACAAGACUAUGUUUAGACCUAAUAUAGUGAAAGUUGAACUGCAAGCCGGGGAAGAAUCCGAUGACCUGGGUUCAGGGGACGACGCAUUCUCAGGCCCUGAAUUCGAAGUGCCAAUAAAAAUGGAGACUGAAGAGACGAAGCCCAAGAAACGAGGAGCCAAAGCCUCGGCCACUACCACCCGUGCCAAGAAGGCCAAAACCGACAACGGCGAGACCUCUAACAAACGUGGCAACACUGAAGUGUCCAAGGAAAGUAUUAAAAUUGUAUGGUCUAAAGCCCAGAGGGAAGUAAAUACAGAACUAUCGAAGAGGUACAGUAAUAUAGAGAAUGUGUUGAAGUUCUCCAACGCUACUCCUAUCCUUAGAUGGUCAGACUUGGGAUAUGUCUGCUGUUACUGCAGAGACGGCUUUCACAACCCUGCUGAUCUAAAAAAACAUACGAUAGAAACUCAUAGCGAUAAACAUAAUCCGGUUACUCAGCAGGCAAGCAACACUCGGAGAAGUAGGAAACACCUACCCUCAGUCACCGUCAAGUUAGACAUAACUGGGUUACAAUGUAACCUUUGCAAAAAAGACAUUAAUACACUUGAGGAGUUGCUUGGUCAUCUCCAAGAAGAACAUAAAAAGCUUAUUCACAAAAAUGUCAAAGAUCAAAUGGUGCCUUUCAAGUUUGAUACUGAUAGCAUCAGAUGCUGCAUUUGCUCGACCGUGUUCGGCAAAUUUCGAAGACUACAGGAGCAUAUGAACACACAUUACAGGAAUUUCGUUUGUGACGUAUGCGAUGUAGGGUAUGUCACCCAAAUAGGGUUAGUGCGCCACUCAGCGAAACAUAAGGGGGAGACAUUCAAAUGUAGCUUCUGCCCCAAAGUAUAUGAUACUGCACGAAAUAAAAAGGCACACGAAAACUAUGCGCACAAUAAACAUUAUUCAUCUCACACAUGUGGUUACUGCAACGAAAGAUUUACAACGAAUAUAAAAAAGAACCAGCAUCUAGCAAAAGUGCAUAAAGUUAAAUUUCAUACCAUCAGAUGUACGGCGUGCGACAAAACUUUUUCUAGUAAACCUGCUUUGACGAUACAUACUAGGAGAGAUCACCUGAUGGAGCGUAAAAAUAAAUGUGACGAAUGUGAGAUGGCCUUCUUCAGUCUUCACCAACUAAGGAAACAUAAGACCAAGCAUACGGGCGAAAAGAAUUUCCAAUGUGACAUUUGCUUGAAGACGUACGGAAGGAAAAAUACUUUGACUGAACAUAUGAGGAUACACCUAAAUGAUAGGAGGUUUAAAUGUGAAUUAUGUGGCCAGGCAUUUGUGCAGAAAUGUAGCUGGAAAGGUCAUAUGAAGAAUAGACAUGGGCUGAAUGUGACCUAAGAAUAGAAAGGACAAGAUGUGCGAGUUUGAGAGCCGGCGGAGAGAACAGCUCGACGCUAGGCGAGAUGAGCUGAAGGCCCGACCACCCGCGGCCAUCCAAUACACCUAUAUCGGAGGAGUGCUGACUUGCAGUGAAUGUGGACGGACAUUCACUGCAAAAAUUGGCUUUGUCAGUCACUGGAGAGCACACCACCGAAGCUCUCAAAAUUAAGCGCAGAUCCAAGUCGCUGUCGCUGUGGAAAUCGGCCAGGAUCAAUAUAUAUAUAUAUAAGAAUAGACAACUUCUACUAGACUAUUUAUACAAAUAAGAUGAUUUUUUAAUGAAACCCUAAGCCCAAGUUUCCUAAAUUAAAGAUGUUAAACAAGGCGAUCCAUUGUUAACUAAACCAGGAUCGAAUCGGACUUUUUGCUCCCAGUUUUAAACACCUAAGAUCAUUUUUAAAAAGUACAUGACAACAGCUCUUAGAUAAAAGUUAUGAAUUUGAGCCAUAUGGAUACCAAACAAAGGAACUAGUUAGCGUAAAUAGAUUAGCAGAAAGAUGUGUGCCAGGAAGGACAAUAGCGCUAUGUUACAUAUAAAAAGGAAUUAAUAACAUGCAAAAAAGCAAAAGCCAUUGGUUCCGGAGUUUUGCAAAUCACAGCAGGUCGAAUCGGAGAGAACUGGUUCUGAUGUAGCCUUAUAUCGUUCUUCUUCUUUCGUGUCGAUGACAUGUCAUAUAUUGAGACUACACUAUGUCAGCCCAAUAUGCCGCCACAGCCAGUGCACGUCAUAUAUCAUUCUGAAGGUCUUAGAUAUUCAACUGUUAACUUACUUAAUCCUAUUUAAUAACUUUAUGUAUUAUAUUAAGAUAAAUAUAACCGCCAAUAGCGUUUCGUGUAGGUAUGGCUGACGCCCGGCACACGGUUACCGCAUCGAAACGUCUCAUUUUGAAAGAACCCUAAUGUCUAAAGAUCGUCGUCGUGAGUUCAAUCCCCAUCCACUACAUUUUCGACAUGAACUCCAAGCAUUUAGAUAUCAAGUCUACUAGUAAGAAAACAUGUUUGUUUGUUAAUUUAUAUUAUAAGAACUACGUACUGGCUUUUACUUAAAAUGUACAUGUAAUUUUAACUCGGCAAUAGUUUGUAUUAUUAAAUUUUUAAAAUAUUAAAACUUCUUUUUUGGUGAUACCCAUCCCAAAAGCCGGAUUUGUCGAAAUAUUUUUAUAUACGUUACAAAUUAAACUACUGAAAACCUACCUGAAAAAUACAUAUCGUAUAACCAAAUUAUACAUGUGAGAUUCGAGUACACAAUUUUAACCACUUCACUGUCCACGAUGCAGACACAAUCGGUAUGUAUUACAUACGACUCAUAGGACGGGGAAGUUAUUAAAAAUUCCAUUACCAUACUGCAGAAAUACAGAUACCUUAGCUGGUACAAAAUCAAUAUUUGACACGACCUAUUAUACCUAUGACUUUAAACGCCUGACCCUCACUUGUUUUAUAAUAUCAUCCGGUCAAGCAGUCCCUUGAACACUGCAACGAAAUAAAAAAAAUUUGGUUAUUAAACAACUCAUUGCCCGGUUAACUGAGUUGAUGAGGUCAGAAAGGCAGUCGCUCCUAGUAAAACACUGGUACUCAGCUGCAUCCGGUUAGACUGGAAGCCGACCCCAACAUAAUUGCGAAAAGGCUCUGCAGAUGCGAUGAUGAAAUUACCUAAUCGAAUAUAUCAGCAGUUUGUACAACUGCCAUC